CAGGGUUCCAGAAACAUCACCAUAUCAAAAGAAUCAACGGCUAAAAGAAAAACACGUACAUUGCAGUGGUAAGAAUGGUAGAGGAACACUACUCUUUCUCGGACUCUACCCUAUAUAAAGAAUCGCUAGGGCACCUCCAUCACUCGUCUUCCAUCACAACACCAGAAACCAAAACCCUAACAACCUUUCUUCUCUCUUCAUUUCAUCAUAGCCGAUUCUUAAUCAUCAGUCUUCUCCGAUUCGAUCAGGUAGCUUUGCGGGUUCAUCUGCUAUUUGCAGAUUUCCAAGUUAAAGAGUGUCCACAGUGAAGUUUCUUUUAUGUCCGAACAGGCCAUUCUCUAUUUGGGAUCGAUUGGGUUGCUUGGAGAGUAUUGUCCUUCGGCAAGAAAAAAGAACAGACCCUUGUUAGACAGGCUUGACUGUAUGCAUCUCUGUCCAUUUCAGAAAUACAGAGUGUGUCGUGGUUGCAGCUGGAUGCAACCUUCCCUAGCUAGAGACAGUCAGUCUUCCUGUGUCAACCAUACUGCUGCCAACAUACUGAAUUCAGCAUUUGCGCCCUGCUGAUAUUUAGUCCUUUUUUCUGGUCUCUUUAUUCUGAAGCAAAGAUGGCUUUGCAGAAUAUAGGUGCUGGGAAUAGGGAUGAUGCCUUCUACAGGUAUAAGAUGCCCAAAAUGGUUACCAAAAUAGAGGGUCGGGGAAAUGGCAUCAAGACAAAUGUGGUCAACAUGGUAGAUAUUGCAAAAGCAUUGGCUAGGCCGGCCUCUUACACUACAAAGUAUUUUGGUUGUGAGCUUGGAGCCCAAUCUAAAUUUGAUGAGAAAACUGGAGUUUCUCUUGUUAAUGGGGCUCAUGACACCCCUAAACUUGCUGGCCUUCUUGAGAACUUCAUUAAGAAGUAUGUCCAGUGUUAUGGCUGUGGAAACCCAGAGACUGAGAUACUUAUUACAAAAACUCAGAUGAUUCAACUGAAGUGUGCUGCGUGUGGUUUCGUGUCUGAUGUGGAUAUGAGGGAUAAGCUCACGACAUUCAUCUUGAAGAAUCCACCUGAGCAAAAGAAGGGAUCAAAAGACAAGAAGGCCAUGAGGAGGGCUGAGAAAGAGAGAUUGAAGGAAGGUGAGGCUGCUGAUGAAGAGCUGAGGAAGCUGAAGAAAGAGGUGAAGAAGAAGGGGUCUUCCACUUCCAAGGAUGGCCCCACAAAAUCUCUCUCUUCCAAGAAGAAAGCUAAUGGUUCUGAUGAGGAUCGCACAUCACCACCUCGAAGUCAGGUUGAUGAAAAGGAAGAGGCUGAUUAUGAAGAUGAUGAUGAUGAUGUUCAGUGGCAAACUGAUACAUCACUGGAGGCAGCUCGUCAACGGAUCCAGGAGCAAUUGAGUGCUGCAACUGCUGAGAUGGUUAUGCUAUCUACUGAUGAACCAGAAAAGAAAAUAAAGCCAGUAAAUAAUAAAGCAAAUGGUAGUCCAAAAUGUGCUUCUCCUCCACCCGAAGAAAAACCCAAGGCUGAGAAUGGGAGUUCAGAAGAAUCUAACCAUGAAAGGCUGGUUGAAGAGGUGAAAGCAAAUCUGAAGAAAGGGGUUGGUGCAAAGCAAUUGCAGUCCAUUUUGGCAUCACUGACUGGCUCUGGCCAGGAAAAAAUGACGACCCUGUUUGAGGCCCUGUUUGAGGGUGUUGAGAAAGGAUUUGCAAAGGAAGUGGAGAAGAAGAAGAGCUACCUUGCUUCGACUAUUGCAGGGGAUGAGGGGUCGCAGUUGCUGUUGCUUCGUGCUAUUGAGGCAUUCUGUGGUAAGUCGAGGCCAAGUGCAUUGAAAGAAGUGGCAUUGGUUUUGAAGGGUCUGUAUGAUGGAGAUGUGUUGGAGGAGGAGUACAUAGUGCAGUGGUAUGAAGAAGGGGUGUCAGGAGCCAACAAGAAGUCUCAGAUCUGGAAGAAUGCCCAACCUUUCAUCACUUGGAUCCAGAGUGCGGAGUCUGAAUCUGAGGAGGAAUGAUAAAAAGUGUGUUUUGAAUGCCAGGGGUGUGGUGUCCUUUGUCUGGAAUGGAAUAAAAAUGUGUUGGGUCGGUGUGUUACAGUUAUUUAGGAAGAGGUGGAGACGGUAAGAGGGUUAUGCUGGGGGUGUCUUAUAAUUUGCCGAACAUGAAGUUUUAGAUGCUUUUUGUGUGUGCUCUUUUAUACAAUUCUGCUGUGUUAUAAUC